AUAUAUAUAUGUGUGCUCACAAGACGCUUAUCAAUCACUGAGUUCAGUAUGAAAAUGACGUUAGGAGCACAUUUUCUGAGAUGUUCUGCCCGGAAUGUGUUGUCGGUGCCAGGUUGUAAAACUGUGAAUAUCCGAGGACAUCGUCGACAGCACUGGACUACUUUUAGGAACAUCACCUCAACUACUACCGGUGGAAAAACUGCAUUCCUGCUCACCUUACCAACACUAUCUUACCUUAGCCUGGAAGCAUACAAGAAAGUGCAGAGUGACGCUGUGGUCCACGCUCUGGAAAAAGCUGAAGAGGUUGUUGAGCAAGCAGACUACCUGUACAGCUGUGGGGAGACAGAAAAACUCUACCAGCUUCUGCUACAGUAUAAAGACAGUGAUGAUGCAGAGUUCCUGUGGAGGCUGGCGCGGGCGUCUCGGGAUGUUUCCCUCCUCGCUCACAUUGCUGCUAACGAGAAGAAGAGGCUGACCUACGAGGCCUUUGAAUACACCAAGAAGGCCCUAGAGAAGAACGACGCCUGCUUUGCAGCACACAAAUGGUUUGCAGUGUGCCUUAGUGACAUAGGCGAUUACGAGGGGGUCAAAGUAAAAAUCGGAAAUUCUUACAUCAUUAAAAAACAUUUAGAGAGGGCCAUUGAACUUAAUCCAAAAGAUGCCACAUCCAUCCAUAUCUUGGGUUAUUGGUGUUUUGCCUUUGCGGAGUUGGCCUGGUAUCAACGCAAAGUGGCUGCCAUGAUCUUUGCCUCCCCUCCCACUGCAACAUACGAAGAAGCUUUGGCAUUCUUCCUGAAAGCUGAAGAAGUGGACCCCAACUUCUACAGUAUGAAUCUUCUGAUGCUGGGGAAGACCUAUUUAGCAAUGAAGGACACAGAGAAAGCUGUUCAUUGGCUGAGUAAGGCAAAGGAAUACCCCCCCCACACAGAGGAAGACAAGCAGGUCCAUAAAGAGGCCCUUGACCUUUUGAGGAAGAUUGGUGCAUAAGAAGUCCUAGUGACAUGAAGAUUAGAGGGCUUGGAUGUGUGUAAUAGUGUAAUUAUCCAGAAUUUCUGUUAACUUUCAAUCCAGGAAGUACUGCACAUAACAUAUGGCCUUAACAGGAAAUGAAUGCCUUUCUAUAUGAGCAUGUGUGUUUAGUGAUUUGCAUACAGAUUCUGUGAAACAAAUGCAAUUUUAAUUUAAUGUGUUUUAAAGCAUGGGUUCAAAUCAGGCCUACAGCUCUUUAAGACCAACCUUUUUUUCCUCUUUCACCAUAUACAUAUAUAUUAAGCAUAAAAUGCCUGAGAAUAUAAAAUACCUUUAAUGUAAUGUUUCCGGAAUGCUAAAAGCCUUGGAGCAACCUUUGCUUAGGAUUGCUCAGCCCAUAUAAAAAAAUAUACAGUAAGAAAUUUGUAAUGGACUAGAUUUAUUUUAGACUGUAGAGUUGCCCUCUGGAAGGGUGGGACAGCCAGAAGACCAGAGUAUCAUCUGCAUAGAAAUGAAUAGAACAUGAGAAUAAGGUAAAGUCAAAUUAAUUGCGGUGUAGAAACAAGGUCAAAGUCUAGAAUCUGCUUCCUGUGGGACACCAGAAAUGAGACUGUGGAGCAUACAAAGACUAUCCAUGAACAGGUUUUUUUUUUUUUUGUUUAAAUAAAAUGCCUACAGUUUGAACAAA